AUGUCAGCUACACUUCCGAACAGUGAACAAAGAAAUACUUCAGAUAACCCUCCAAUUUAUUCCACUUCAAGUACUGACAGCACGUUUACGUCGGAGCCAGAAGAAUAUAGAGGACGCUCUCAUAUUUACAGUCCAGGGUCCAGUCCCACCGAAAUAGAUCAUCGUAUUGGCGAAUAUGGGGCAGAACAGAUAUCAAAAUUUGGGUCGCAAUCUGAAUCUAACGUUCAAGUAUCAAGAAGAUUAUCAAGAAUAUUGACCUGCCAGCAGUAUCCAAGAGAUGUGAAAGAGGAGGAGGAGGAGGAACCGCCUAGCUACGAAGGCUUGCCUCCGAUGGGCGACAACCGGCCUUAUCCCCCAUUAUUACCUAAUAAGGAACAGUAUGAAGUAACUUUUAAUGGCCCAGAUGACCCACUUCACCCAUUUAAUUGGUCGUUAGCUAGGAAAAUCAUACCAUGUUUCAUCUUAUGUCUAAACUGUAUCUGUAUUACACUAGGUUCUGCCAUCUACGCGUCUGGUGUGCUUCAAAUAUGUGCAGAAUUCCAUAUAAUUCAAGUAGUUGCUAUCCUCGGAAUCACAUUGUAUGUCUUAGGAUUUGCUGCCUCGCCAGUGAUUUUUGCGCCUUUGUCUGAAGUGUAUGGGAGAAAAGGUGUUUUGGUAGUUUCAGCAUUUGGAUUUACAAUAUUUAAUUUUGCUGUAGCAACUGCAAAAGAUCUUCAAACAUUACUGAUAUGCAGAUUUUUCGCUGGGUUCAUUGGAGCAGCACCUUUAGCUGUAGUUCCAGCCGCAUUUGCAGACAUUUUUGAUACCAACGUUAGAGGUAAAGCAAUAUGUCUAUUCUCUCUUGGUGUAUUUGUGGGUCCUAUUCUUGGCCCUGUAAUAGGAUCCUAUAUAGUCCAGCACACCACAUGGAGAUGGUUAGAGUAUGUAGUUGGAUGCCUCUCCGCGGUAGUGUUCGUUUUAGUAACGUUCUUCUAUCAGGAAAGUCACCAUCCAACGAUCUUAGCGUAUAAGGCCAAACAAUUAAGAAGACAAACAAAUAAUUGGGGGAUCCAUGCUGCACAGGAAAGUGUUGAAUUGUCAAUUAAGGAUAUUUGUGAAAAGACAAUGACGAGGCCCAUUUACAUGUUAUUUACCGAACCAAUUUUACUGAUUGUUACAAUUUACAAUUCCUUUGUCUAUGGAUUAUUAUAUCUACUAUUGGAGGCAUAUCCCAUCGUAUUUGUUGAAGGCUACGGUUUUAUAACGAAUGGAGAAUUGCCCUAUAUCGCAUUGAUUAUUGGAAUGUUGGUGUGUGGUGCCUUUAUUUGGUACAUGGAUGACGAUUAUCUAAGAAGAUAUAGGAAAAAAGGUGGUUUGGUGCCUGAAGCUAGAUUAAUACCAAUGAUAGUUGGUGGAAUAGUAUUCCCAAUUGGGAUAUUGUGGUUCUGUUGGACUGGAAAUUAUCCAAAUAGAAUCCACUGGUCAUGCCCCACGAUAGCUGGAUCCUUUAUUGGAUUUGGCUUAAUGGGGAUAUUUUUACCAUGUUUAAAUUACAUCAUUGAAUCAUAUUUGUAUAUUCCAGCUUCUGCGGUUGCUGCGAACACAUUCAUGAGGUCUGCAUUCGGUGCUGCAUUCCCUUUGUUUGCGGGAUACAUGUUUCGUAACAUGGGUACCGGAUGGGCCGGGCUAUUACUGGGAUUAUUUGCAGCCUCUAUGAUACCAGUACCUUUACUGUUAUUGCGAUAUGGGGAGAAGAUUAGAAAGAAGUCUAAAUAUGCCUAUUCUGGAUAA